AUGGACGAGCCCGAUCCGGAGUCUCACCCUCGUCUCAGCCAGUAUAAGUAUUCAGACUGGGGUAUACCCACGACCGCUCUCAGUUCUCCCUCUGCAUCUCCCUCUCAUCUGAGCCUGCGAGACGCCCGCAGCAUAAUACAAAGCGGGCACCUUGGAACCUCGUUCUCGGAGUUCGUGCAAGCAGUGCACGGCGGCGGCAUUCUCUUCCACGUCUUCGGAUCGGAGGAGAUGUGCAGACGCGUUCUCGCUGUUGCCGUCUACUUCAACUAUGCAGACCCCGCGAAACCUCAUACUGUGCUCUCGUCAACAGCAACUGUAGAUCUCUACCGCGAGGGACGUGUCACACCGCUCAUCAGCAAUGCCUUUGCCCUCCGCACACGCACGAGCUCAUCCGUCGGAAGGAACGCUCAUACUUACCGGUCAAAGUCCGGCCAUGAUUGGUACAUAAUCGACGUCAAAGGGACCGACUCGGACUUAUCGCGCAUCAUACCGCUAGGUCUCUACGUGCCGCAAAAGCCGGAGUCACCGACUCGUUCGACGGCCAUGUUGCAUGAUGUGGAACCCGUCCCUUUUUGGGCCGUCAGCGGAGAGGGCGUGCUGGGUGUACCUGUGUCGCAAGUGGGCUUCGAUGGCAGAUUGCAGCACGGACAUAGGCCGCUAUGGCGUGCUGAUGGGAGAAAGCGGAAGAUAGUGCGCAUCAAGGUUCAGUGGCCCGGUUACGUUCCUCGGCAGGAGACGAUCAGUCUCGACGACAGCAGUGCCGAGAGCGCGAACACGUUCAACAAUCUUGUCGAGCAAGUUAAGGGCAAGCUUUGCAAGUUCAUCCUCGAUAAUGCGAUGGUACCGGUUGAUGGCGAAAAUAACAGGCGAUGGCAAUUUGGUGAUGGACCCGGCGAGAUUACGGUGCGGAACGUGUUAUUGCUUGCGCUCGUUAUGGAGCCUUCAGCAGUUAUGAUACCCAUCCUUAGAGUACGCGACUUGUAA